UCAAUUUUCGAAUAACAAAGCGCAACAGGCUCGCUCGCACGCCAUCCUCUGCUCCACUCUCUCGUCUUCCUCCCGCCAUGAACGCCGCGGGACUCUAUCUCCUCUCUCUCCCAAUCCAUCCACUCCCAUGCCCCAAGACCUCCUCUUCCAGGCCUCCAACUCCGACGCUGGUGACCGAACUAAGUAUUCCUCGCCAGCGCCGGGUAGCAGCCCUGCGAGCUCGGCGCAGUGGAACUGAUCUCAAAUCAGAUCCCUUAGACUUGUCUGACUCUUCUCGGGAGUCAUCAUCGAUUGGGUUUCAUAAAGCUACGAGCUUGGAAUCCUCAGCUCCCAACUCGGAGCAACUCCGAUGGAUGGCGGGGUUGGAGGCAUUGCCAAAGCGAUGGGUCAUUGUCAUUAUGUGCUUUUCUUCGUUCUUGCUUUGCAAUAUGGAUCGAGUGAACAUGAGCAUUGCUAUACUGCCAAUGUCAGCGGAGUUCAAUUGGAGCCCGUCAACUGUUGGAUUGAUUCAAUCUUCCUUCUUUUGGGGGUAUCUUCUCACCCAGAUUGCUGGGGGGAUUUGGGCAGAUACAGUUGGUGGAAAACGUGUGUUAGGAUUCGGUGUUGUUUGGUGGUCCAUUGCCACUGCAUUAACACCUAUAGCAGCAAAGAUUGGAUUGCCUUUCUUGCUUGUUGUACGUGCUUUCAUGGGAAUUGGCGAGGGGGUUGCCAUGCCGGCUAUGAACAACAUUCUCUCCAAGUGGGUACCAGUAGCAGAGAGAAGUAGAUCAUUGGCAUUAGUGUAUAGUGGGAUGUACCUAGGGUCAGUGGCUGGCCUUGCCUUUUCACCUUUGUUGAUACACAAAUAUGGCUGGCCUUCGGUUUUUUACUCCUUUGGUUCUCUUGGAACAGUGUGGUUUGCAAUUUGGUUAACAAAGGCAUACAGUUCUCCUCUUGAGGACCCUGAAGUCAGUGCUGAAGAAAAAUCACUUAUUAGUAGUAACAGUGUUUUGAAGGAGCCCGUGACUGAAAUCCCAUGGAGAAUGAUCUUAUCAAAACCACCUGUCUGGGCACUCAUAGGUUCCCACUUCUGCCACAACUGGGGAACUUUCAUUCUUCUCACAUGGAUGCCGACAUACUAUAACCAAGUCUUGAAGUUCAACCUCACAGAGUCUGGGCUUUUCUGUGUUCUUCCUUGGUUUACAAUGGCAGUAUCUGCUAAUGUUGGUGGAUGGAUUGCAGACACCCUUGUGAGUAAAGGAGUAUCCGUUACGGUAGUUCGAAAGAUCAUGCAAUCAAUUGGAUUUCUUGGACCAGCUUUUUUUCUAACUCAAUUAAGUCAUGUCAAUUCUCCUACUAUGGCAGUAUUAUGCAUGACUUGCAGUCAGGGCACCGAUGCAUUCUCUCAGUCUGGUCUCUACUCUAACCAUCAAGACAUUGGCCCUCGAUAUGCUGGGGUAUUGCUUGGUCUUUCGAACACUGCUGGGGUAUUAGCCGGAGUUUUAGGCACAGCGGCAACAGGCUAUAUCUUGCAACAUGGUACUUGGGAUGAUGUGUUUAAAGUUUCUGUUGCACUCUAUCUUACUGGAACUGUGGUCUGGAACCUCUUCUCAACUGGAGAGAAAAUCCUCGACUAAUUUAUACUUGUCGAAUACUGGUGUAAAGUUCAAUUUUGCAGCUCGCCAAGUUCCUGUAAAAGAGUCGAAUCAGAUUGAAGCUGUCUAGAAGUUGAGAACAGCCUCUGAAUUCACAAUGCUCAACAUAAACUUCUCUGCAGAUUCAUGACAGUUUUGAGAAAAUCAAGUUAAAAGAUACGAGAAUUCAGGUCUUCAAUUAAGCUAAUAUCAAUUGUUCUGUAAUUUCUAACAUGUUUAUAUGUUGUACAGUAGCAAAUUCCGAUUGUAUAUCAUUUGAAAAUUUCCUGAAAA